AUGAAUUCUAAUCGAUCAAUAAAAAGUAAUGCUAGUCUUGGUGGUCGAGUAUCACCAAGUUUUCAAGUAUCAAGAUCUGAUUAUUUAACAAAUCGUUCGUCAUCGCCACCAUUAUCAAUAUCAAAUAGCCGCUCAUCGUUGUCGCGACAACAAGAUCGUGGAAAGAAUGAAUAUCCUUUGAAAAAUUUUAAUGAUGAUGAUAUUAAAUUUCAUAAAGUAGUUUUUGAACGUUGUGCCGAGUUACCUACACGACUCUCAAUAACAAAUCGUGAGAAAUUCGUUCAAGAAGAUAUAACAUUCAAAGAAUUUCAACGUAUUCUUAACGAAGAAAAACCAAUUGAUGAACGAACUCUUGAAGAAGCAUUUGAAACACUUUAUAAUAAAGAUCGAAAAUAUGAUGGGAGCGCAAUUGAUUAUGAUAAAUUUCGUAUGGAUAUGCUCGAGAAAGGUGACCGUUUGACACAAGAUGAGUUUGCAAAACUUCGUUAUUUACUCGGUACUGUAGGUGGGAAAGUCGAUGUUAAAAAGUUAACAAAAUCAAUUGGAGAAACUAAAACUAAUUGUCGUCAAAAAAUCUUAAAAGAAGAAAAAGAAAAACGAGAUGAUUUUGUACGUCCACCAUCACGACUGAACUCAUCAAAAUCAAACAGUAAUAAUAACAAUAAUGUUCAUAUUAUUAUUAAUCCAUCAUCGACAAAAUUAUUCAUUCCUCCGAAAAUGCGUUCUUUACAAAUGAAAGGUGCUUUUUUUUCCGAAUAUUUCGAUUCACCAACUGAUGUACUUUAUUUUACAAUCGGCUAUUCGUUUGAAAUUAAAAAGGAUGCGCCUAUAUGGAUAACUCUUGAACCAACGAUUUCACGAUAUCAUGCAGACUCAUCAUUUCAAAAUAUAGAUGUUCGUAUUCUUCUCUUUGAAAAACUUCCUCGUUCCACAGAAAGACGUCUUCUUUAUAUGAGUUCCGAACGAUCAGGACAUAAAUCCUAUCUUAAAUUGGAUGUAUUGCCAAAAGGUUCAUAUGAAAUUAUACCUGUUACAUUUGGUGGUGUACUUCGAGGACGAUCAAAAGCAAUGAAUGAACGUGCACCGAUAAAAACAUUGCGAGAAAUUAAAAAAGGAAAUAAUUUUAUUAUGAGUAAAGAUUAUCACGAUGUACUUGAAUUUGUAUUUGAUCUAUUUGAUUUUGAUGAUAAUAAACAACUUGAUCGACAUGAAUAUAAUUUAUGGACAAUAAGAACAACAGGAGACGAAAUAACUGAUGAAGAUUGGUCAUCAAUUCGAGAAAAUGUUGGUUUGGAUAUUGAUGAAAAUGUGUCAAAAGAAAAAUUUUUCAAAUUAAAUGGCUUUGAAGUACAAGAUGAAGAUACUAGUGAACAGGAUUUAUGGAAUGGUUUAAAAUCUCUAGGUUUUAACUAUGCACUUGAACUUGAUAUGAUGUGUCCAUUUAAUUUAACUGUACAUACCAGUCAACCUGAUCUACAUCUUAAACCAACAUCAUAUGUUGAAUUAGCUGAAAUAAAAAAAAUUCUUGUGAAAUUUUUAGAAAAUAAAGGACAAAAAAUUAAGCUGAAUGAGUCGUCUGUUCAAUGCUUUAAUUAUCAAGAUGAUUGUGGUUCAAUACUUUUUGUAGAAAACAAAGGUAUGUCUAAUGCUCGAUUAUCUAUUGAAGUAAAAGGUUCAAAUAACGUUGCGUUAAAUUCAUCUAUUGAUGUACGCAAACCAUCUAUAAUCAAUGUUCGACGUGAUACCACUCAAAUUAUUUGGUUUGCACAUAAGUUAGAAAGUCAACGAAAAAUGGAAUUAGAUGCGAUUGUUCAAGUACAAUAA